CCGUUUAAUAAAGGCGCCAAAAAUGAGACCUCUUCAUUUCUGCUAUAACAUAGGAAAGUUAAUUCUUUUAGAACUGUAUUUUAAUAGAAGGUCGAAUCAUUUUUUAUUUUUUUACAUUUAUUCUUAAACGAACUGGAUUUGCCGAUAUCAGAGACGUGCAUUGCGUCAAGUACAGGUUCCUUUGAAAUUAUUCAGCUGGUAAAGCUUAAUUCGAAGGUCACCAUGUUUUCGAAGUGCCAGAGGUGUUAUGAGGUGAAACACUGAUACAGGCCAGCUACUUGUUAUCAAUCCGUCGAUAAGAUUUCUUUGUUAGACUGUUGGAAACAAAUACGAAAUAAAACAAUUAAAUCGGAGCUUCAAACGGAAUGACUCGGUUGAUUCGUUGAAUUGCAUGUAUUGCUGUCUAUAUUCCAAUAAAUUACAAAUUGAUUCCAUGAUGAGUUCAACCUGAAGAUGCAACAGGCAAUUUAGUACCAUUUAAGAAGAUGAAUCGUUUUCAUUUUUAAAUCAAAGAAUCAUCAUUUAUUAAAAUAAAAAUGCAGAAAGCUGAAGAAGCGGAUCGUUCAAGUAGGAAACGAUUUGAAUUUCCUGGAGUUCGAUAUCUGUUCGCAGCUUCUGGAUUCCUUGGUUUUUGUGUGAUAUAUUCAAUCCGAGUAAACAUAAAUGUCGCAAUUGUUACUAUGGUCAACAACACAGCAGUUUAUGACAAACAUAAUGAGACAACUUCUGGGGAAUGUAAAGAUACUAAUAUUCCAUUCAACCUAAACGGGACGUCGUAUGAAUCGCCCCAGGAUGGCGAGUUUAUCUGGUCGCCAAAAAUGCAAGGUGUCAUCCUAGGAUCUUUCUAUUAUGGUUACUGCAUCUCUCAAAUACCAGGGGGACGAUUGGCUGAAAAAUAUAGCGGUAAAUGGGUGUUUGGCAUCGGUACUGUCAUCACAGCACUGUUGACACUUCUCACACCUUUGGCAGCGCGAUGGCACGUUGGACUGUUGAUAGCUGUGCGUUCCUUGGAAGGACUGGCACAGGGUAUGACUAUGCCGGCCAUGCAUUCGAUGUUGGGUCGUUGGUUACCAGAUACAGAGAAAAACAUUCUGAGUACUGUAGUAUAUACAGGUAUAAACAUAGGUACAGUAGCAGCUAUGCCAUUAGCUGGAGCUUUAUGUAACUCUACAUGGUUCGGCGGAUGGCCGUCCGCUUUUUAUGUUAUUGGUCUCUUUGGUUGCUUCUGGUUUAUUCUAUGGUGUAUUUGUGUCACUGAUACACCAAUGACUCAUCCAUUCAUUUCAAAGAAAGAAUUGAAGUACAUCACCUCAAAUCAGAAAAUUGAGCUGAACAAACAGUUACCGCCGAUGCCAUGGUCGAGAAUUGCGACGUCCAUUCCCUUUUUAGCUCUGGUCAUUACACAGAUUGGUCAGGACUGGUGUUUCUAUACCAUUCUCAAUGAUCUCCCAACAUUCUUCGCUACUGUCCUGCAUUUUAAAGUGGAAAAAAAUGGGUUCCUGGCGUCUUUUCCUUACUUAUUGCAAACUGCUGUCGGUUUAAUUGUUGGUUUCGUUGCGGAUGAACUUAUCAGAAGAGGAUGCGCGACGACGAACUGUGUUCGGAAGUUUUGUAACACAGUAUCUGGAUUUGGAACAGCCGCUGGAUUGGUUGCAGUAAUUCUAUCAGGUUGUGAUGUAACUUUGAAUGUAGUCUUUUUCAUGUUUUCGAUGGCAAUUGGUGGAUUUUGUUACAGUGGAUAUAUGUUGUCUGCAUUAGAUUUAUCACCAGAAUAUGCUGGUACUUUAAUGGGUAUUGCGAAUACUGUUUCUAAUUUGACUGGAUUCAUUGUGCCACUGAUUGUCGGAACCCUCACUGAUCAACAGCAAACAUUACAUCAAUGGCGUUACGUGUUUGGCAUCACCGUAUUAGUUUUGUCGACAACUUCGCUAGUUUUUCUCUUUUUCUCGUCAUCAAAGAAGCAAGAUUGGGCUGAAACUAGCAGCCCGAGCACUAGCAUGCUUAUAACAGACAAAGAACAGUCGAUUAAUCCUAGUACUUAUGGAACUAUUUGAAUACUCAUGCCAUUUUAUUUAUUUCUGAUAUAAUGAUGCUUACAAGGGUAUCAGAAAAUACUGUUUUCUGAAAAAACAAAUGAACUCGCCUACCUUGAAGUAGACUUUUAUCUUCAAAUGUUUUCAUUUCAGUAAUAAUAUUCGAAGAAUUUUAAAUUGAUGUUUGAACUUUCAAUUUAUUUUAACAUUUAUGAUAUUUUAAAUAAAAUAAAUAUUUAUUUUUU